GUUUGGUCUUCUGAGAUCUGCUCCUCUUACUGUACAGCGAUCACAAUCACACCUUCAGUGAAACUCCUCCCUCAACAAAUCACACCUUCAGUGAAGCUCCUCCCACUGCAGUUCAUCAAUAAAUGCUGGAAUUUACCCAUCAACCCACAAGUGAAGAGAAGCAUCAAAUCAUCAGGAAGAAGUGAGACCGAGUUUAUUGAAGAACAGAGAGAACAUGAGAGAUCCAGAACCCUGCAGAAUCAAACACACUGAAGAACAAAAAGAGUUGACGGAAGAAAAUGAGGAGAAUGAAGAACUGUGUGAAGAGGAGAAACAACAUGUCAAAACUGAAGAAAAACAUUUGGAUUGCUCUCAAACCAGACAGAAAGAUUUAAAGAAAAUAAGAGAUGAGAAAUCAUUCACCUGCCCUCAUUGUGGAAAAACAUUUUUGUGGGCUUACAAGUGUUCACACUGCGACAAGAGAUUCAGUCAGUCAGGAGACCUGAAAUCACAUGAGAGGAUUCACACCGGAGAGAGACCUUACAUGUGUAAUCAGUGUGGUAUGAGUUUCAAACUAAAAGCUCAACUUAAGGUGCACAUGGGAGUUCACACUGGAGAGAAACCGUUCACAUGUGAUCAGUGCGGGAGGAGUUUUGCACAGUCAGCAAAGCUGAAGAAACACAUGAGGAUCCACACUGGAGAAAAACUGCAUGAAUGUGAUCAAUGCGGAAAAACAUUUUUGUGGUAUUCAGGACUGAGGAGUCACCUGAAUGCCCAUUUAAAGGAGAAACCUCAUUCAUGUUCUUUGUGUGGAAAGAAAUUUUCACAUCUGCAGAAUUUAAAACAUCAUCAGAAGAGACACAUGGCUGUGAGAGAAUAUAUGUGCUUUGAGUGUGAAAAGACUUUUGUUACAUCUACAGAACUGAAACGGCACGAGAUGAUCCACACUGGAGAGAAACCUUACAUGUGUACACACUGUGACCAGAGAUUCAAUCACUCAGAAACACUGAAAAGACAUGAGAAGAUCCACACUGGAGAGAAACCUUACACAUGUGAUCAGUGUGGGAAGAGUUUUAGACAUAAAGAUCAUCUUAAGGUGCACACAAGAGUUCAUACGGGAGAGAAACCAUACCAUUGCAAUGCAUAUCACUAUUGCACACCAAAUACUCUUACUCAGCAGAUGGGGACAGCUACCCUCACCCAAUUUUCACCCAAAAGUGGCUGCGCUAUGCGCCAGACAGGAGGGACUGGACGACAACUUAUGCAGGCAUCAGAUGACAAUGAAGUGUAAAUAAAGAGUAGAGAGGCUAAUAAACAUUAAUUUGAUUUUAAA